AGAGGGAAUUUGUAUCCAGGAGACUCUUCUUGGCAAACUGCUACCAGCCAACACAAAGCUUCUCUUACGAACGUAUAACUAUAUUUAGAGAGAUCAUGUUUGCUCAUUGGGGACUGUCAGUAGCACCAAUCCCCUUUGAAAAGAAUGGAGGAAGGAGAACAGCUACAUUUAAAGCACUCCCUACCCCCAGGUCACUCCAAGAAGAGCCUUACUCUUGACGCUUAUCUCUGACAGGAUCUGUACAACAGUCUGAUUGAAGAACACCCUCACUAGCUUUGCAUUUUUAAGAUAAGCUGACCAGUGUCUACAAUUUGAAUAGUUGGCGAUUGUACACACAAGAGGAGUAGGCAAUUUCUGCACGUUGUUCCAUCUUAUAAAAUCCCGUUAUCUACACUUCAGGAAGAAUACUGUAUAAAAGGAAUAUACAGGAGGAAUACUGUAUAAAAUCCUCUGAUUGAACAGAACUGUUUUCAACAUCUUUGAAAGAAAAAGCACAAGAGUCAUGCUCAUUUGAAAGGGUACAUUUGUACUGAAGGACAGCAGGCUAUACAAAAUGUGUGCCAACUGUUAAAGUUUGAUAAUUUUUAUUUCCCUAAAACAUGAUCCAGCCUUUUUUGAAGAAAUGGUACCCAUUAUACUGUGUUCUGAAGGUUCCAUGUGCUGGGUUCAAAUGUGCAACAAGAGGAGACCUGAUCCUACAGUCUGUUUCCCAAGAUGUUUACCAGAAUUUAGCUUUAGAAGACUGGAUCCAUGAUAACGUGGAUUUAGAGAACAGACGAGUUCUUUUCCUGUGGAGAAAUUCUUCUACUGUAGUGAUUGGCAGACAUCAGAAUCCCUGGCAGGAAUGUAAUCUUAAAGUUAUGAGGCAGAAGGGCAUCAAACUAGCUCGAAGAAGAAGCGGAGGAGGAACAGUUUACCAUGACCCAGGCAACAUCAAUCUGACUUUCUUUACAAAUAGGAAAAAAUAUGAAAGAAUAGAAAAUUUAAAGCUAGUUGUUAGAGCUUUAAGAGCCCUGCGACCCCAAUUAAACGUGCAGGCUACUGAGAGAUACGAUCUCUUAUUAAAUGGAACUUUUAAAAUAUCAGGAACUGCUGCAAAGCUAGGAAGGACUGCUGCUUACCACCACUGCACCUUGCUAUGUAGUGCUGAUCAAUCUGUUUUGUCAUCUGUGCUAAAGAGUCCUUAUACUGGGAUAAAAAGCAAUGCCACUCCAAGUGUGCCUGCCAUAGUGAAAAACCUCUUUGAAGAAGAGCCCACUCUAACUUGUGAGAUGCUCAUGAAUGCUAUUGCUGAAGAAUACGCUUUACAGCAUGGAAUUGACAAGCAUGCCAUUCUAAUAAAUCCAGCUGAUGAAAAAGAAUUCCCUGGAAUUAAUAAUAAAGCCAGAGAACUACAAGCCUGGGAUUGGCUAUAUGGCAAAACACCUAAGUUCAGUAUUAGCACAUCCUUUAAUGUAGCACAUGGACAAUCUCCUCUUGAAAUUAAAAUAAACAUGGAUAUAAAGAAUGGCAAAAUUGAAACAUGCAACAUUGAUGUACCUCAGUUCUGGUUGCCACCAAUCAUGUGCAAUGAACUAAAGAGCAAUCUUAUUGGCAGCAAAUUCUGUCCAGGUGAAACCACUGCAGUGGCAACUGCUUUGCUGAGAACAUGUACAGAUUACAGUGUACACAGAAAAUGGAAACUCUUAUGUAAUGAAAUAAUAACACUAAUGUGACAUCCUGACAAACUUUCAUUCGUGACC